AACACAAUAGAGAGAGAGAGAGACUGAGACUGAGCGUGUGGGGCCAUUUUAGGCGUCUCAGCCAAUAGACGCUCGACAGCAUACCGCGGCCGGAACCACACUCGAUCGCACCCUCCCCCAAUUACACCACAAAUCCAUCCAUCCUCUUCCUCUCCCAUCUUUAAAGCUGCAUCCCAUCUCCCCUCACCGCCGCGGCGAGCCAGCGACGUCUCGCCUCCUCCCACCCCGGCCGCCGUGCGCGCCAUAGACACAAGAGCCGACAGCUAGAUCGCGAAAUCAGGAUAUGGGUCGCGGCAAGGUGCAGCUGAAGCGGAUAGAGAACAAGAUAAAUCGGCAGGUGACCUUCUCCAAGCGCCGCAACGGGCUCCUGAAGAAGGCGCACGAGAUCUCCGUCCUCUGUGACGCGGAGGUCGCCGUCAUCGUCUUCUCCCCCAAAGGCAAGCUCUAUGAGUACGCCACCGACUCCAGCAUGGACAAAAUUCUUGAACGUUAUGAGCGCUACUCUUAUGCUGAAAAGGCUCUUAUUUCAGCUGAAUCUGAAAGUGAGGGAAAUUGGUGCCACGAAUACAGGAAACUUAAGGCGAAGAUUGAGACCAUACAAAAAUGUCACAAGCACCUCAUGGGAGAGGAUCUGGAUUCUCUGAAUCUCAAAGAACUCCAACAGCUGGAGCAGCAGCUGGAGAGUUCAUUGAAGCACAUCCGAUCGAGAAAGAGCCAUCUUAUGAUGGAGUCCAUUUCUGAGCUACAGAAGAAGGAGAGGUCACUGCAGGAGGAGAACAAGGCCCUACAGAAGGAACUGGUGGAGAGGCAGAAGGCGGCGGCCAGCAGGCAGCAGCAGCAGCAACAACAACAAAUGCAGUGGGAGCACCAAGCCCAGACCCAAACCCAUGCCCAUACCCAAAACCAACCUCAAGCCCAGACCAGCUCAUCAUCUUCCAGUUUCAUGAUGAGGGAUCAGCAGGCCCAUGCCCCUCAACAGAACAUUUGCAGCUACCCGCCGGUGACGAUGGGUGGGGAGGCAGCAGCGGCGGCAGCAGCGCCGGGGCAGCAGGCUCAGCUUCGUAUUGGAGGGCUGCCUCCAUGGAUGCUGAGCCACCUCAACGCUUGAGGAAGAGGUUUAAUUGCCAUAGCAGCUGAAACAGCAUUAAUCGGCACACUAGCAAUUAAGCUGCUAUGGUUAUGUUUGCUUGCCCCUACCCUUAUAUAUAUGAUUUGCAAGGAAAAAAAUGAGCAGAGAGAUCAGGAAUGCUGGUUCGCUGUAUAAUUUUGUUGCAUGUUCAGCAACACGUACCAAUUGAUGCAAACAUGCAUGCUUAGCAACCAACCAAUUACCUUAGCAUGGAUGACUUGCUUGGCUUAAUUAUGGAAAGCUAGGUUGCAUGAUGACGUGUGUAUAUAUAUGAUAUAUUUUUAUAUUUUA